AUGCCCGAGGCUCAGGCCAUCGACUUCGCGCCGCGGCACAGCACGAUGCUCGCUGACGUCCCCGAGGGCGGAGCAUCUCUGUCGCGGAGCCGCCCCAACCUCGAAGCUCUCGCCACGAGCGUGAACCAAAAUGGUUGCUUCGAGUUCGACCGCAUCAUCAAGAGCGGCUACGUCGAGAAGCGGACGUCGAAGACCAAGAAGUGGAAGACGGUCUACAUCGUGCUCCGACCAAAUACUCUGUCAAUCUACAAGAACGAAAAGGAGACCAAACUCCGACACCAAAUACACUUGUCCGACCUGACGGCGGUGACCUUCCUCAAGGACCCCAAGCAUAAGCGCGACAAUGUCUUUGGACUGUUCUCGCCAUCGAAGAAUUUCCACCUCCAGGCGCCCACAGCCAGGGAUGCCGAAGAAUGGGUGGACUUGAUUCGGAGGGAUGCGAGGAUAGAGGAAGAGGAGGAGGAAAUGUUCUUGGCGAGUCCGCUUGCGCGCAGCCUGUCGCCAAACGGCCUGCGGGCUGUCAUGCCGGGUGCAGGAGGAUCCGGCGUGAACGGUCGCGAUCUUCGGGAGCGGAUGCUGUCAAGCUCACCCGAGAUGUAUGACCCGCCCGCACCGGGUUUCGUCGCCACUGGGCGCCGCGAGUCAUCCAACAUCGACUCGUCUGGCAUGUCAGGCAACGAGUUGCCAUCGCACUCGGAUGUGUCAGACAACGAGGGCGGCGGUGUCCAGCGGCAGUAUGGGACGUCGUUUGAGAGCCUCGCAGUGCAGUCGCCCGUGGAGAUGAUGGGGUCACUUCCGCGGCCGGCAGUGGCGGUGCCGCGAACGCUGGGGAACCGGUCCGCAAGCCAAGUGAGCGUUGGCAACGCGGCUGGCGGGGGCACGCCGAUGGAGAAGGACCCGGACCGGGUCAUCUGGCAGGGGUGGCUGUGGAUGCUGCGCAGCAAGCGAGGCGUGCGGCAGUGGAAGGACAUGUGGGGAGUGCUGCGGCCGCGCAACUUCAUCGUGUACAAGGAUGAGUCCGAGUACACGGCGCAGUGGAUCGUGCAGCUCGAGGUCGUGGUCAACGUCGUGGAGCUGGACCCGCUGAGCAAGAGCAAGGAGAACUGCCUGCAGAUCAUCACGGAAGAGAAGAGCUACCGCUUCUGCGCCCACGACGAGGAGAGCCUAGUGCAGUUCAUCGGGGCCUUCAAGAGCUUGCUGGCGCGGCGUCGGGGCUUGGAGGCGGCGAGGACGGUGGCCGUGCCAGUGGCGAUUCCGACUUCAGCGCCAGCUUUGUGA